AGGUGGGAAAGAUGGAGAGCUUUUGGCAACCAGCAUAGACGACACUGAGCUAGAGGGGACCAAGGAUCUAACUUGACAUAAGCCAACUUCCUCUGCUCCUAACCGUAAGCCUUCCAUGAUGACGCACACUUUGUGUUUACCCUGCAAUCAUUAAAAGGUAAGGACGUGUCGCCUCCAACGCAACUGUUAUGACCCGUUACCAAUAAAACGAGUGAUGCACAGUCAGAGGGAAUUUCUGCCCUGCCCUUGGCAUGCCUUCCGAAGCACACUGCAGGCGCUGGUUGCUUUUGCAUUCAGCGGAACGCGGAUGUUAAGCCUCCCCGGGCAUCGAAAAGUGAAGGCAGGGCCUCGGUUCUUAAAAUACGGAACGGAUGCCGAGCGAGAAACGCUGAGGAAACCACCUUAGGAAACGCUAUAAGGCAGCAAGUUCUGUGAGGCUGGUCAGGCAAAGGCCCUGCCUCUCGCCCCCCGCCCCGAGAUGAGAAGCCGACCAUGCAGGAAACUGCCCGCGAGAGGCCAGCCCUUUACCUUCCACGGCUUGCCGUGGCGCAAGUCCUGGAAGUCCCGCCCGUAGAUAGAUUCCAGCACUUGCAGCUCGUUCUCCUGGCGAAGCUGGUAGCUCUCGGGCUGCUCCGGGGACGCCUCGGCAGCCUCCCCCCGCGGCUGCCACAGGCCCCUCACCUGGGCCAUGUCCGCUCGGGGAGGGGUGGGGGGGUGGAAAGCGAACCCCCCCCAGGGAGGCCGGCUGCACUUCGCCGAGCCAGGCCGCAGCCGCCGCGGUGGGCGGAACCGCGCGGCCUGCUAUUCCCGCCCUGCUUUGCAGGCCCCACCAAACACCGCGGCAGCGCGAGAGGAAGCCCGGGGAAGGCGCUGCUGGGCCGUGGCCCUGGAGUUACCACGCCGGCCCCACCUUCCGUUGCAGUUUGCAAAACAAAACUAAGAGCUUCCUUCAUAGCCCUUCUUCAGGUCUCUGCUCUGCACAGCCCAGUAACAAGCAUGCAAAUACUGUAAAGAAACCGUCGCCUUCAUAGAUCGCCUUUCUCCAAGCUGGUGCCCUCCAGAUGUUUGUUGGACUACUACACUGCCAUCCUCCCUAACUACUGGCCCUUGUUCAUUAGGGCAGUGGUAGUCCAAUAUUUGGAAGGCAGCAGGUUGGAGAAGACAGCUCUUGAUUGAUUCGAGGGAAGGGUUGGGGACCCAUCACCACAGGAACCCACCCCCUCACUUCUGGAUAGCAUACGGGUUCAUUGUCAUUUAGUACACAUUUCUAACGACAAAAGUAUUUACCUUUAUUAAAUUAACAUUUUAAUGCAAUAGCCAUUGCAGAUCUUUCAACCACUAAGCAUGUCGUAACUGAAGUGGGAAAAUAAAUGAUGGUAUUAUAUGGCAGCUACUGAAAUUUCUUUUGAUUUUAAAAAAGCCCCAUAGAAAACUAAAUUAAAGUUGCCUGGCUUAAAUUAUUUUCUAAGACUUAAGAUAUUUCAUUUUUCCUAGUGUAAAUAUUUCUAGAUUAUACUAUUAUUGCUCUAUAUGCAGUAUUCCCAUACAAAUGUUAUGGAUGCACGAUAGUUUCACAUUAUUUCAGAGAGCUACCAUUUUAAUUCCUUCAUAUUAGAUUUGCCCCACUUUGUGACAAUUAGCAAAGGUCAGUGUACAUUUUGCAUGACUUAGCUCUGGACAUUCUUGGAUGGUGCUGAUCAUCUUGGUUCAUUUAAAUUUGGCUUCUUGACCAUCUUUGGGACAGAAAUUAGUAGUCCUCCUACUGAAUGAUCUAUGCCAGGAGUAACAGAGGAGUGCACCUCUACUGAUUCUCUGGGACCUUCUCAUUAAGCAUGGUUUCCUUCUCAGCUGCCUGUUUGAGAUGUGAAUGGAGCCAUUGUUCUUCAGCAGUUCUGACAUAUCACUUUUGCAAAGCCAGAUGGUUGCUUGGGAACUUAGAGCACGAUAAUGAAAUCCUGAUAGCUCAGAAUAUAUCUAAUGGAGUUUUAAGAAUGAAAUACCCAUCAGCGAUUGAACCCUAGAGUAGGCACAAAGAUACAGCAAAAAGCAGCUCAUAUUUUAAACUAGGAGAGAAACAGCAGCGAUCUAUAAUUUUCUAGUUAGAGUUAGCUGGAUUCUAGGGUGCAGUGGGAGAAGGGGUACAAGAUAUCUGGGUAUCUGCUAUGUUAUAGGGGUUCUUGUUUGCUUCCACUAUGUUAUGCAGGCAUAUCUGGAAACAAAACAAACCUUCCAAGACAUCUUAAGUAUCUAGUGCUCUCAUCCAAAGGAAAACUUCAGGGAUAUCCCUAGCACCUCUAUUCAUUCGGAGAACAAUAUACUGUUGGAAAAGUCUGAGAGUUUUCUAGUUGUAGUUGGAGGUUAUCGCCUACAUGCUGCUAGUAGUCAAUUGCAAAAAUAAAACUGGAGGUCAAUAUCCACAUUAGACAAUGCAUGACCUAUUUUGCAAGUGCAAUAUUUAAAAGGCUUUUGGUGUACGUGUUUUGCAAGGUGGGGUUAGUCCAGAAAGUGUGAAGUAUUCUAAGACAUCCAUAUUGUAUUUAAACACACAAACCCCUCCUUUUGAAAAAACCAACUAAAUGUAACGUUAUGAAUUACAUAUCCCUCCCUUUUCACGUGCACUGCUAUUUAAGGAACUUGCAUAAACUUUCUGAAUUCUGAAGACGAUCCCCCCGCCCUUGGGUUUUCCUCAGACAUUGAACUGACAGCUCCCAAAAAGCAAGAUGGCUGCCACACACACACAAAAACAAACCUGCCCCUCCCCUACCACAGCUGAGCGUCACAUGACCCGCUCUCUCUGGCUCUCUCUAUGAAAAACGGCAGCGAGGAGCAAAGGAGGCAGACGAGAGUUGCUCGCUGCUCAUUCUGCAGCCUGUCGAGCGGCGCAGAGCUAUGCCAAUGCAAAAGGAGGCCGCGUUCCCCCAAGCGCUGUUCGGCCGCUGUGUUCCGAAGAGAACUGUGGCAUAAUUCAAAUGAGAAACAACAUCCCCACAUGGGAGUUUGGGGCUUGCUGAGCACCCAAACGGCACCUGCCUGUGAGGAUGCCUAAGGCAGAGAGAUGCCGCUUCCCUGUGCAAAGAUGUGAACGCGAAGCAAAACCUUGGCACUGGAAGGCGCAGCACCAACUGGGUUAGAGCUGGUGUUUCCCUUUUGGAUGCAAGCGCGGUGCGACCCCCGAAGCAGGAGCAUGGCGCGCAUGUCGCUCGGGCUUAUGUUUGUGACACGCUGAGGAUGGACAGGGGUAAAGGCAGAUGGGGCAACCACGGAGCUACAAGCAGCUUCGCUUCUCCUCUUCCCCAUUGCGCCGUGAAGGCAGCCCCUUGCUAAGACACCGGGCAUGAAAAGCGAGACGCGCUUCUUCCCCGGGUCCAGCGAUCCUAUGGAGCAGCCUGCCGUGUGGACAGAGGCGGCUCCUGCCGGCCGCCUGCUUCCUUCGGUGAGGAGCGCGGGACCCGCGCGGGGGGCUUGCUAGGUAAGGCGGCCCAGGAAAGAGACCCCUCGCCAUGGGGUCCAACGCCAGCUGGGCUUCCGUCAACGCGAGCGAGCGCGGGCCCUACCACGCCGUCGCCGGCGCUUUGAACGCGUCCAGCGCGCAAAUCGCGGGGAUCGACAGAAGCGCCCACGGCAACGGGACUUCGCCAGGGGAGGCACAUCGGGACGAGCAGACCUACCGACAUUUUACCACCGCGGUGCAAGUUAUCAUCUUUAUAGGCUCUCUGCUAGGUAAGCAAAAACCACAGAGGCAGGUUGUUGGUUUUUCCUGGCUGUGGGCUUCUUUUCUACCUUGGUGCGCAGGGGGUGACGCCAGAACCAAAGCUAACCAAAACUGAAUUACUGGGGCUUUUCCUUUAGCAAACCAGCAGGAAGGGCAAUUCCGCUUUGUAUCUCUUAAGAUAAAAACAUUGGGUGCUGCACUUCCAGCCGCCUUGAGUCCCCUCAGGGAAAAAGGCCGAGGUAUAAUAAAUAUAUAACAAUAGUAAUAAACUUUAGGCGUGUGACAAGUUGGUAUUGAUUGAAUAUGUGUCAGUUUUCCUUGACGUAAGCACAUGUGUGUGGGUUUUUUUGAGAAUAAUUUUUUUAAGAACGCAAACCGAAGAAGAAAUAUGUUUGUGUGCUCUUGGUUCUUCAGUACAAAGGAAUACUUUAUUGUGAUAAUGUUUGGGACAAUUAUAUAAGUGCACCUUUACGUUAAACAAAAUGCUCUACUUUGCGUUGUACAAAAUAGCUUGUUGAACCUCAACCCUGUCCCUGCCCCUGUAAGGUUGUGCAAAAAUGGGUUUGAAUGUUUUCACUGAAAUAAGAAACAUAAUUGGGUAAAACAAUGGGUAAGGCCUACAGUUGCAGAAUUCAACUUUUUAAGUUCACUCAAAGGCAGUGGGAUUUAAGCAGGCUAACGUUGUGUAGAAUUACAGCCUAAAUCUUUGCAAGUACUUUUUGGUACUUUUGGAAGGAUGUACGUUGAGGGAUAAUGGCUUCUCAAGACUACCCCUGUGGUUUCAACAGGAGAAUCCCUGUUCAAAGUCAACCUGCUACACCAGUCUCAUGUACUAUAGCUCCACUAGAGAGAAAUUUAUGGGCAGCAGCAGACUGACUCUUGCGUUAAGAUGAUCUUCCCCAAUGAACAUAUAUGUGGCUCUGAUUAUCUCUUAUGAGGUCAGGGGAAAGUGGGUGGCUGGAAUUUCCUCCCGCCCCUAGCCCCCAUGAGUGUUUAUAAUUGACUGUACUGAUAAUAUGUUUAGCAACGUGUACGCUCUGCGGGAGCAUCCUAGACACACCCUUAGGUAUUGAGUGCCAUUUCUCUCUCCUUUCAGCGCCACCCUUAUGCAUAUUAAAUAUUAAAUAUGUGUGAGCCACUUGGGAACACCUAUUUUGGUAUAUGGAGAUCUCUUGCUGAAUAAUGACCUCCCUCCUCCCCAUGAACAUUUUAAAAUCCUGUGGAUAUUGUAGAUUAAUUGAACUGGCUCCUGAAGAAUGCCACAGUUUCUUCGUUUUUAGGUAAUAUUUGGAGUAAACCAUUGUAUUUACUUUUUUAUUUAAGGUGUAAGUUUAUGCAAACAUCCAAAACUUUUUUUUUUAUUCUCUAAUGCAGUUAUUUGGAGUUUUCACAGAUUUUCAAACCAAAAUAAAUAUUGUGGAUUGUGAAUUUAUUAAAAACUGUUUUACUGACUGGUACAGUGGACCCUCUGGGUAUGAACGUAAUUCAUUCUGGGGGUCCGUAAGUACUCCGAAAAGUCCACACCUAGAGGCACCAUGUCUGCGCAUGCGUGUGGCGCGAUAGAGCGUUUCUGCACAUGUGCGCGGUUCGCAGAGCGUUUUGUGCGUACGUUCGCAACCCGGAAUUAUACACUUCCGGUUUGCCGUGUUUGCAACCCGAAAGUUAUGUUACCCGAAGGUAACGUAACGUCCACUGUACUGUAUAAGUUGGAUUCCUUAAUAUUGUUACAUGCCACCCCAAUCUCUGACCAUGAUUCCAGGGGUACCAGGCGUGCUUACCAGGGUUUGUGUUUCCUUUUGGACAAUUGUAGAGAUGGAAAAGCUUUAGAAAAGAGUAACCAAAAUGAUCUAGGGGUCAGAGCAACUCCGUUGUGAGGAAAGCUUAUGGCAUUUGCGAUUUUUUUAGUUUAGAGAAAAGGUGACAUGAUAGAAAUUUAGCAUGGCAUGGAGAAAGUAGAUUAAGAAAAGUUUUCUCUCUCUCUUUCAUAACACUAGAACUCGUGGACUUCCAAUGAAGCUGAAUUCUAGAAGAUUCAAGACAGAUAAAAUAAAAGUACUUUUUCACGUAGCACAUAGUUAAACUGGGGAACUUGCUGCCACAGGAGGCAUUGAUGGCUACCAAUUUGGAUGGCUUAAAAAGAGAAUUGGACAGAUUCUUGGGGGAUAAGGAUAUAAAUGGCUACUAGUCAUGAUGGCUAUGCUCUGCCUCCAUGUUGGGAGGCAGUAAUACUUCUGAACAAUCAUUGCUGGAAGCUAUAGGAGAGGAGACUGUGUUUGUGGAUUUCCCACAGGCAUUUGGUUAACCACUAUGAGGAUAGGAUGCUGGACUAGAUGGGCCAUUGGCCUAUAUCUAGCAGGCUUUUCCUAUGUCCCCCCCCCCGACUAUUUUUGGGGCCACAUGCCAGUGCUAGCCAGGGCUAGAGGCAGUGAGUGGUGCAGUUAAUGUAAAGUUUACCUUUGUAGUCUGGAUAGUUUUUACACAUACUCGCAGAACCCUCUCUAUUCUUGAUCCAGGCAAGAAAGAGACAUCAUCAGAGUUUUGUACCAUUAUCUGUAAAAGGGCACAUUGAGGUGGUGAAUGAUUGCAGGCUAUGCUAAAUAUUCUGGUUGCUCUGAGACCAUUGCAAGGCUCACAUUGGUCAAGGGUCAUAUUGGUUUUCGAGCAUAACGUCACACAAGAAGGUCGUGUGGCAUCUUAAAAAGACAAACAAAUUUGUUGUCCCGCAAGCUUCCUUCAUCUGAUGACGCUAGCUCUUGCCAACGAAAGGUCGCGCCACAAUAAAUUUGUAAGACAUUCAUGUGCCAAAAGGUAGUGCUGGUUUUGCUGCAAGAGACUGUUAUAAACACUGAUCUAGAAUUUCUCAUUUUAGUUGACUUAUUAUGUUGCUGUUUCAUAUAAUCUCCAUUCAUUUUGCUAAUUUUUUUUUUAUUCAAAUGAUUAACUAAUUAAUGUGGCCCUGAGUGCAAUAUGUGAGCAAGUGUUCUGGUUCUGGUUCCUUUUUCUUGAACUUCUGGUUCCUGUACCGAGAACAAGACCCGAGCAUGCUUAAGACCAGCUAUGUAUUUUACCCUAAUUUUCUCCCUUGCUUUGUUCAAGAGAGUCACAUUGAUACAGAAUUCCACUCUGAACUCUCAGGCUUAAUCUAUACUGAAUACUACAUUAAUAGAAUCAUAGAAUUGUGGAGUUGGAAUGUACCCCAAGGGUCUUCUAGUCAAACCCCCUUCAUAGCCACAUAAUUCAGAUUAUAACAUGAUUUUUAACGAGCUUUGUCGCUAGCUUCCUCACUAACUAGUUAAGAACAUAGGAAUUGCCUAAAUAAGAUCAGGGACUGGCUGAGAUAAAGAUCCAUUUCCAUCACUCUCAAAGCGUCUUGCUGAAGAAAAUCCUGAAUAACAAAAAACUUCUUUUGAUUCUCUAGAUUAGAAGCAUCUAUUGUGAAAGACAAUCUAAAGGAAGUGGGGGUUAAAGAAAGGAAUUCUGCGAUCUUUCCUGGCUUUCUGUUGCUAUGGGAACACUUUCCUCAUGUGCUUCACCAGAGAUGUCUUGUCCAAUAUUCUAUUGAAAGGCACUUCUGAAUUGUAUCCACUCAUUAAUGAAAAGAUGGCCAAGAAAGAACCUCCUUUUGACAAUAAAAAUGUGCAGAAUUUAAUGCCAUGUAUAUAAGAAUUAUGUGUCAGUGUCUAAUGCAGUAAUAACUAUGUGCUUCUGGAUUACGCAUGGUAAUCAUUAACACCACUGUGGGGCAGUCAUGGGAUAUGAGGAUGCAGGAAUAUGAUUAAAUUUGCUGUCUUAUAGAGGAAAAGAGAAGGAAGUAGGCAUUUAGUCUGCGCUAUGUACAUUGCUGGAAGUCCAGGAAUGGAGCUGGCCAAAAUACAGAAUUAUCAAGAAAGAAGAACGGAGGCAAGAUGGCUAGGAAUGUAAUUAUUCUCCCUGAUAUAUCAGGAAACAGCCACACAGAUAUAUUGUUUGUUGACCUCUAGUAGUGUAGUAGUUGGAAACCUAAGCUAUGAGCUGAGAAGGUCUGGGCCAUUUCCAGCUUUUGAGUUCUCCAGCCACAGUUAAUAUAAAAAUGACAAUAAAACAAAACAAAAAUCAACUAAGGUACCCAGAAAAACACAUAUUUUGAAAUUCUUAUUUACUUAAGAAUUGCUUCUCUAGCUGAAGUUACAUUUUGGUCAAAUGCACAUAAAAACAAAUUGCAAAACUUAUCAAAUGCCUAAAAAGUAACAAGUGUCUCAAUUUGAGUCCUCCUUGAGGAUGAGGCCCAGGUUACAUAACUCUCCUGUCUUGCCCUCUUAUUGCCCCUGGAGCCGAGAUGUCUUUUGUUUAGAUACUAUGGGUUAUAUCCAGAGUAGUACUAGGUAACCUGGAUCUCCACCUGUGCAACAGGAUAUCUUCUCUUCUCCCCCCACAUGUUCCCUAAAUCUGUUCUGGGUUUCCCCUCAACCCUCUGGAGCAAAUUUGGGUAGGGGAGCAGGAUGCACACAUGGGGAGGAGACGGGCGAGAUAUUAUUGCAGAACCUGGAAUCCUUGUCUUAAUGGAACGAGUGUAUUGCAUAUUGCCCCAACUCUGUAAAAAUCAUAUGUGGGAGAAAUAACCUAGGUUGCUCCCACACCAGCUAUUUCCUUUUGAAUCAACAUUGAUGUUUGAAGACUUUGCCCAGGAAACAGCUAAUGGAAACAGGCAAGGGAAGCAGGAGCUGCUUUGAAAUUAAGGCAAGCAGUGCAGAGAGGUACCGCCUCCUCCUACCAGGUAACUCAUAAGCCUUUUGUCAGUCUAUAUAAACAGUGGUGCUAUAACUGUAUUUUCAAAGUGAGACUUCUCCCCCCGCCAAAGGAUAUUGAAAAAUACAAAAACAAAUAAACGGGAAACACCAAAAUGCAACUGCUAUAUCUAUAUCCCCCAUAUUAACUGAGCAAACUAACUUUGUCUAGAUGCCUGAGGAAGGAUGGGUAGGUGGAAGAGGGUUGCAGAAAAGGGCAGAGGAGACAGGAGGCAGCUGAGGCCAAGGAGAGGAGAGGCUCUCAUCACAGUGCUCAGGGCUGGUCCAAAAUGCUUUGCUACCUGACUCAUGUUCACCCCCAGUCAAGGGACAUGCAAAAUACCUAUGUUGGCCAAGCUAUUUUGGAACCCAAGGAAGAAACUCCCACAACCUUUAAAAAAUAAAUAAAUCAUGACACUAAAAACUGGUUGCCUGAGACAACCUCACUCUGUCCAAUGGUAGGGCCAGCCCUGGGUAAGAUGAAGGUGGGGUUGUAUGCUUUGGAAUGGGUGACACCAGAGUACUAGAGAAGUUAGGUUACUGGAUAAAGUUUGCAGUGGCCUGAAAAGCAGAGACUUAUUGGGGUGGGAGUGGGGACAUAAAGUUGAAGGAAGGAGACAGGAAGGAGAAAGUGUGACUGGGGCAAAACUACAUGUUGGGCCCAUAGACAGGGUGGCCUGUACACAAUUGGUAGGAAGGAAGAGGGCAGGGAAGGGUAUAGGGUUGCUAGGUCUUUUCCAACCUGGUGCUCUUCAGCAGUUCUGUAUUCUAACACCUAUUGGUCCCAGUAGUCCAAAUCAGCUGGAGGGCAUCAGAUUGGGGACAGCUGCUUUAGAGUCCAGACCCUGGUGGGAAUUCUGUCAAUUCAGGCUUCAGCGUUGUGAUCUAGCAACCCUGAAGAGGCAGUGAAGACCAAGAAACAAUGUUUUCUUUCUCACCCCUAGAAUUUCACAAUACUGAUUUGACUUUCUGUCCAUAGUCAGAAAAAGUGUAAAAAUAAUCCAUCAAAUCAUCCGAAUACCCAGCUACAGGACUGGAACAUUCGCAGGGAAACCAAAAUGCUUGUUUACAAAGCUAUUGUACUGCCAACCUUACUAUAUGCCUCUGAAACAUGGACCACUUAUAAACGCCAUCUCCAGCUCCUCGAAAGAUUCCAUCAACGGUGUCUCUGAAAAUUUUUACGCAUCACUUGGGAAGACAGGCGAACUAAUAUCAGUGUACUAGAAGAAGCAAAGAUCGCCAGUGUUGAAGCAAUGAUUCUUCAACAUCCUCUUCAUUGGACUGGUCAUGUUGUGCGGAUGCCUGAUGAUCGUCUUCCAAAGCAACUACUCUAUUCUGAACUUAAAAAUGAAAAGCGCAAUGCUGGUGGUCAACAAAAGAGGUUUAAAGACUGUCUCAAGGCAAAUCUAAAAAAAAUGUAGUAUAAGCACUGACAACUGGGAAACACUGGCCUGCGAGUGCUCCAGUUGGAGAACAGCCUUUACCAAAGGCUUUGAAGACAUUUGAACUCAGGACGCAAGGGAGAAACGUGCUAAGAGGAAGGCACGCUUGGCAAACCCACACCGUGAUCAACUCCCGCCCGGAAACCAAUGUCCCCACUGUGGAAGGAUGUGUGGAUCCAGAAUUGGCCUCCACAGUCACUUACGGACUCACUUUUAAAACCGUGUUUAUGUAAGACAAUCUUACUCAGCUACGAGUGAUCACCAAAGAAGAAGACAGGCUUUGAAUCUCCCAUGUGAUUUUUAAUAUCUGGCAACUUAAGCUUUUCUUCCAGUCGUAUUCCUAGCCUUGUUUCCAGUGUAACUGAUUUCUACUGAGCAUGAUACAGAUAGAGGCCCAGAAUAAAAGAAUCUAUACAGGUCAGCAUAAUUUUGUCUCAGCUAAGAAGAACUGGUGACAGAUACCUUACUUAAGCCGCAGUUGACAUAUUUUGGUUUUCACUUUCCUGCCAACAGCUGCGAUACCUGAGGCCAUAUAGUUUUUCUUGCCAGAGGCUAUUUUUGUGUAAAAACUAGUUUCUCUGAUAAUAGAAAUAGAGCUUGGGCGUUCCUUGUGAGAAUUAAAAACUGUCUUCCAAAGCACUUAUGUGGAAGUUAUUUCAGAAGCAAUGGGAAUUGCUUCCAAUUAAAAAAUACUAAAAUUGGGAUGUCAAUUGUGUGACAACCCUUCAGAUAUUUGAAGACUGCUCUGUCUUCUUUUCUCCAGGGUAAACAUACUCAGCUCCCUCAACUGUUCCUCAUAAGGCUUGGUUUCCAGACCCUUUAUCAUCUUAGUUACUCUCCUCUGUUCAUGUUCCAGAUUGUCAAUAUCCUUUCUCAAACUGCAGUGUCCAGAACUGGACACAGUACUCCAGGUGAGGCCUGACCAAGGCAUAAUAGAGAAGUACUAUUACUUCUCUUCUACAUUAUACUUCUGUUGAUGCAGCUUACAAAGUCUCCUAGAUAAUUUUUACAUAUACUGCUGUCAAGCCUGGUGUCCCCCAUCCUAUACUUGUGCAUCUGAUUAUACCUGUGUAAGUGCAGAACCUUGCAUUUGCCUCUGCUGAAAUUCAUUUUGUUAGUUUGGACCCUGUUCACCAGUCUGAAUCCUGAAUCUAUCUUUGGAGGUAUUAGCUACCCCUCUCAGUUUGGUGUCGUCUGCAAAUUUGAUGAGCGUCCCCUCAUUUCCUCAGUUCAAGCCGUUUAUAAAGACAUUGAACAACAAUGGCCCAGGGUUAAACCCUGUCACUUUUUUCCAGGAUGAGGAGGAAGCAUUGGUGAGCACUCUUUGGGUUUGUAUUUGCAUGGUACCAGUAUUCAGGUCAACCAGCAACGGGAGUGGGGGGUGGGGAUUUAGAUCAGGAAAAUGGUAUUGGGAAGUGGGGUUAGCACUCCUUUUCUCAGCACCUUUUGCCUCAACCCGUUAAUGUCUCUCGGGAGUUCUGAACUAUUUUUAAAAGGUGAGAUCCUAAUUAUGGAUCUCCUAUGUUGUACAGUGGUACCUUGGUUUACAACCAUAAUCUGUUCCGGAGGUUUGUUUGUAAACCCAAACAGGUUGUAACCCAAGGGGCGCUUUCACCAAUGGGGCCUCCAAAAUAAAUUUGUUCGUAAUCCAAAAAAAAUAAAAUGGGUUGUAAUCCCAAAAAAAGGUUGCAAACCGGGACACACACUUCCGGGUUUGACAUGUUUGUAAACCAAAACGUAUGCAAACCAAGGUACCACUGUAUUUAGUUUGGCUAGCAGAAAUUCCACCCAAAUGCUCAAGGGACUGGAGUUGUGUCCAUUUGUCCUGUGAUUUAUCGGUUUCUCUUUUGUCCCAAGCCUUUCCCUGAGAAAAUUCACUGCUUACUGCUGAAUCAGAACAAACAUUAAUUCGCAGAAAACCUGAUAGCGGGUUUUCCUGGGCAAAGUGGUGGGACAAAAGAAAAACCUCUUGGACUCCUUGAAAUCACAGGACAAAUUGAAUGUGGAUGAGCCCUGAGCAGGGUCCUCCUGCUUGGAUGAAGUGAAACAUUGCAUUCAGAUAGCACACCGUGCCUGCUAGUGGGAAUCUGCUGCUCAGCUCUGCAAUCCUUCAUUCACCAUUAGUUUGCUGAGCAGUGGGGAUUGCAGAUUGUGCCAGGUCAGGGACUCAGAUCAGUCAACCCAUCAAACUUCCAAGGACUGCUCUGGGCAACUGUCCAGCCUUACUAGGCUAUGCAAAAUGUAGAAAAUAUUGCAAAAUACUAAUCUCCUUCAAAUGGCAUGGCGUGCUGACCCUCUAACGUUGUUGUCCUUUAACCCAGAGGUUUUCAACCUUUUUGAGUCCACAGCUCCCUUGACCAACUACAGUCUUUCUGUGGCACCCCUGUGGGGCUCAGGAGCCCAGUUAUCUUACCCCCUUGCCUGCAGAGCUGGCAGCCUCCCACCCUUUUUUGAACACCCUCCCUUGUGGAGUUUUCCCUCAGCCUCCUCUCCUCUCCCCUCUCCUUGGGAGUCCUCUGAUAGCCGCUACUGUCGCCCCUGGUGACUGAGCUGUCUUCCCUGCCCCAAAGAGAGAUGCCUCCUCACGCCUGGGGCCUGGGAAGAGGAAGCUCCCCGCCUUAGUUACCCAAUGGAGACUGGGCAAAGGUGAAUGUGAGGCUAGAACCUUACGCUGGGUGGCAGCUCUGGGUGCUACUGGGCCUGCAUGGCAGAAAGGCUCUCCUUCAGCACCGGGCACUCAGCUCAUAGGCAGGCCUUACACACAGAAAGCACAAGAAAGGCCAAGGCAGCGUCUGUCUGCCUGGCCUCCCACUUAUCUGUCCAUUCCUAACAGCAAAGGCUGGCUAACUGGCUGGCUGGGCUUCCUCACACACUAGCUUGCUUACUCUGAGGCUGCCUCAGCUCCUGGCAACCAGCAGCCCUGGCAGGCCCCAGUGGCACCAUUUGCCUAAGGAGCUUGUAGCCAGGGCUGCUGCAACAAACAGCCAUGCAACGCUUUGGGAGGCAGAGACAUGAAACGGUAUCAGAGGAGGGAGGGAAGGAAAGAGAAAUGGAGGCCAGUGUUGCCCGCGGCACCCCUGACCAUCAUUCAAGGCACCCCAGGGUGCCAUGGCACACUGGUUGAAAACUACUGCUUUAACCUUUAGGACAUUUUGUUUGUUUUUUCUGUGCCUUUUGCAUGCAGCAAAUUAUGUGUAAUGAGUCUUAACCACAGUGUAAUACAGGAUCGUUGCAGAGACAAUGUAUGGCAGGCAGCAGUCACGAAUACCACAUUUUAGUAGUCAAUAGGGAGCUCUAAAUGAUAGCAGAGUGCUUUCUCAAAACAGAGCAUCAAAAAAGCAUCACUGAGAAUUGUAAAGAUUAUGGAUUGAUCUCACUGUGUCUGAAAGCAUUGCCUAUUAUGAUUUUCCAAAUACAUUUAAUUUAAUUUCUCUUAACUUCAUGGAAAUCAGACUGAUGGUAUAGAACAAUAUUCGACUUCCUCAUUUAUCCUCAAAAGAAAUCUGCCACAUAGGGCAUUGUUUGUCCCAUUUGGGAACAGGACUAUAUAGAUAAAAGCAAAUUGGAUUUGUAUUAGCUGCCCAUAUGAAUCAUUUUUGCCAUAAUAAACUGCACUGUUUAGAAGGAUAUUAAAUGCUGGCAUGAAUUAUUGAUGUGAAUAAUCCGCUCUGAAGCUUGCCAAAACUGGUUUAUGGGUGGAAAUUUGCUAUGAGAUAUUUGCAAACUGUCUCAUAUAUUGGUGAGCAUUUAGGGACAUAGGAAGCUGCCUUAUACUGAGUCCAUUUAGCUCAGUAUUGUCCAUGCUGACUAGCAGUAGCUUUCCAGAUGUUUAGACAGAGAGUCUUUUCCUACCUAGUGAUGCUAUGGAUUGAAUCUGAGACCUUCCGGUUGUAAAGCAGAUGCUAUGCUGCUGAGAUAGUGCAGUAUAUAGCAAAUAACUAAAGAGUGAUCUUGUAUCACCCUCCCCAUCCUUCUGUGGUAGGAAAAGUAACAGAAAACUACAGUGGAAAGUGCAGGAUAACCACCACUUGAUGGUGAUGUCAUCUAUCCUCCGUGCACAUUUUGUGAAAACAAAUCAGGACGAUUGCUAAAUAUACGCUUGCUUUGGGGGUGAUUUGUGUCUCAGCAUGGAGCAUAUUUCAUUUGCUGCAGGGGCGCUGCUAAAGUGGCUUCCCUGUGGCAAGCCUUUCUCUGUUUCGGCAAUGACGUUCACAAAUACUUGCAAAACAACUUGCUCUGUCACUUUGAGAAUUUCUCUGUCCCCAAUCCGCAUUCCCAGGAACAGCUGGGAGAUUGAGGUAUGUCAAGACUCGUGGCUUAAUAAGUGGGCAGCUGCAUAUUCGCAGACAUUACAGUAGGUUCAUGGACCACGUGCCAUGGAAAGACCUUUUUUUUUGCCACAUCCCCAUGCAGAUCCCACCUGAUGCCCUCAGUUAUACUUGGCCCAUAGCAGUAUUAGAGACAAUGAGUUCAACUAUGUUACCUGUUUUGUGCUUCACUGCCUUUUCUCCAUUAUCUCUACCAAUGGGCAAUGAAGCAAUCUGUUCAGGCUGAUUUGACUUUGCAUGGAGUUCUACGCUUCUGAAACCAAUUUCCCUCUGUGGUUUCCAGUUCUAAAACACAUAGUGGAUGUCCCUUUGUUUCCUCCUUCCUACCACUGCCACACAAUAGUUUUGACAUUGAGUGGGGCUGCUGUUGACUUUUGCUGUAUUGUUAUUGCUUAAUGGUGUCUGAUGAAAUAUGAAACAUUGCUAAGAAAUUAUGUAUCUUAGCCAUGGAAAUCCAGCUUCCUAGUUCAUGUAAUUCAGACAUUUAAAGUGCAAAUCAAAUCAAUUAUGUCUGUGGACAGGACGCGUAGGGGAGACGGACAGAGCUAAUAUUUCCUGGAGAUAACAUCUUGAAUGAAUUAGAAAAUGUGCACAUAUUCUUUAUGAUGUGUACCAAAUUUCUGUACUUGGGUAUUGGGGUAAGGGGGUAGAUCUGAUUUUGGUUCUUAAGGCUGCAGUCAUUAACACAAUAAUAAGAGGCUCAAUAGUAAGUUCCACUGAAUUUAGACAAAUUUACUUCUGAGUGUAAAUGCUUAGCAUUUCACUGAGAAAUCCAGUCUUCUACCUCUAUUUUCUUUUGCAGAAUUCUACAGCUUCAACACACCUCACCCUGAUAUCCAUGCUAGAAUUCUGUGGUCCAAAUGAAUAUGCUAAAAUCUCUUUGGAUGUUAGCAUAUUCCAUGCAACACCCUGUAGCUGCUCAUCGCUACACUGCUGCAGCAAAACCUAAUUGGCAAGGAGACACUCCAAGCCUACUGGGCCCCAGUUUGCAUCUAAGGGCAGUUGCUCCUGACAUGAAUGGCACCCCAAGUACUAUAUUAGGUGUGUUCAUGCUGCUGUGUUCAUGGAUGUCUGACUCUGGGCCACACAGCAGUAGUCCUUUAUGUGCAGUGCAGCAUAAGUAAGCCAUAUGCCAAAACCAUGCACAGAUCACUGUUCACUGAAUUGGGGCCAUUGUCUUUUCCUGCUUUAAUCUAUGUGCUCUUGUUUAUGAUAAGAAGAAAUAUUGGGAAGUAAUGCAAACUCUGGGCAGGUGUGUAGGUGUGCAUAGGGGCGGGGGGGGGGAAUUAUUUGAUUCUGUUGUUGGCAUUUGUUCUCCAACAUGAUGUUCUGUUUCCUAGCAACAUGAACUAAAUGAAAGGUAUCUCGUCAUCUUGAAUAAGAUAACAAAGUAAAGAGUGAAAAGGAGAAAAAUAAACAAAACUUACCCUGAAAUAGAUUUCAUCUUGAUAUACAUGCAUACAUAUUUCGCUAACAGGUUCUGUUAUCUGCAGGCUGUUUUUAAUGGCAAUGCUUUUAUGUGAAGUAAUCAGCAGUGCUGCCAGUUUUGUAGGUGAAGCCUGUGUGUCGCUUUUCACACCAGUUUUUAAUAAGCAAAGUGGAACACAGGCACUGAAAUCUUGUGUGCCAGAAGAAACUGGAAUUAUUUUAAUUGGCAUCAGUCAAUUAAAGCAUGUCUCCUUAUAGGAGGGAAAUCUGGAAAAGUCAAGUCCUGUAUACAGUAAAAAGAAGUUGAUAAGACUUGGGUAUUUGAUUAUACAGAAUGGGAAGAAAUAAUCUGACACAAAAAUCCCCUUUGUUCUGUUGUUGUUUUUUAAAGAGGGCAUUUUGGUUGUACAGUGGUACCUCGCAAGACGAAUGCCUUGCAAGACGAACGAGUUUUUCGUUUUUUGAGUUGCUUCGCAAGACGAAAAACGAAAACGUCUUGCAAGUUUGUUUCCUUUUUCUUAAAACCGUUAAUACCCAGGGUGACUUCGAGGAGCAACUCAUAGCACGCGGUGUGGUAGCCUUUUUUGAGGUUUUUGAAGACUUUGGUGAUUUUGAAGACUUUGGGAAACCGCGCUUCGCAAGACGAAAAAUUCACAAGACGAAAAAACUCACAGAACGAAUUAAUUUCGUCUUGCGAGGCACCACUGUAUAAGGAUCGGGGGAGGUGCUCAAGCUCAGUAUGAAAAAUUCGAACAGAAUUCAACUCAGUGGGGGUGCUAAAGAUAUUAAUGUGCCAUGCCUAUAUUCAGAUUUAGAUAAAUCUUGUCAAGUGAGUGCAUGGUGCAGUAACAGAGUCACACUUGUCAGCCCUCUCUCACCUUGUGUUGGUGUUCAUUGGUGCUUGCAUAUGUUGGGCAUUGACUUUACAACCUUUCCUAAACAAGUGCAUAGUCCUAAGGCACAAGUUGCUGGUUGGAGGUAAUGGGAGUUGUAGUCCCAAAGUUCUGAGGGGCGCCCUGAGGUCAUUUCCCAGUCUUACUGCCUGAGAUCCUCUUAAUUGAGGGUGCUGAGGACUGAACUUGGAAUCUGAUGCGUACAGUGUAUGAGUCUGACAUCUCUAUAUUUACAAAAAGGCUAAAAAUGAAAACGUCAUUUCUUUUUAACUGAAGCUCUUUCCAAGUAUUUCCAGUGGAAUAGCCAUGAUUAGUCUGCUGCCUUAAAGCAGACUUCAGCAACCUGAUGCCUUCUGGAUAUUUCAGACUACAGUUCCCAUUAGCUAUAGGAAGGCCACAGGCUCGCCUGGCACUUUCAUUACCUAUAUUUAGGUGCCAGGCAAAAAUGUUUCUUUACAACCAGGCAUUUGACUGAUUGACCAUUCUAUGGCCUCUUAAAUGAGUUUGUGCGAGGGGGAUUAUUUUUUGUUUGUUUCUUUUAUUAUCUAUUUUGUGUUCUCAUGUAGUUUUAUGUUGUGAAUCGCCCUUUGAUCUUCGGAUGAAGGGAAGUGCACAAAUUUAAUAACAAUAUGUAGUCCAUAGCAUCUGGAGGGUACCAGGUUGGUGGAAGCUACCAUAAAGACUAAUAAAUGUCAGCUAUAAGGCAGUAGAUCUUCAGAUAUUUGUAGGCAGAAAAUUAUCUGCUGGAGGCUCAAUAACAAAAUUCACGCUUUUACUCUCAGACACUUAGUCAAUCAAAGAUAUGCAGUAAUAAUCAACAUAGUAUACUUUCCGUAAUCAUUUCUUGGACUUUUAAGUAACUAUUGCAGUAACAUCAUUCAAUAUGCUGUAUGACUAUUACAGUGAUCAUAUUGUUUUUUGCUGCACAGCAAUUCAGAGGAAGCAGCCCUCUCAAAUCCAGCAGAUCAGACAACUAGAGCAGAAAGCAAUUGAAACACAAGCAAGUUUAAUUAAAGUUAAUCCCAUGCAACACUCUCCUUCCAGAACAAAAUGAUUGCAAGUUAGCUUUUGGUUUCUCCAGCACACAAGAGACGCUCAUAUGUGCAUUUUAGGUCUCAUGUGAAAAUGGACUUAGUAUAUGAUUUGUCUAAUUGGAUUAAUUUGCAAAGCUCUUACUAUCUCAUUUCCUAAUUAAACAUUUACUUUCAGCUACCUAUCUUUGAUUAUUUGCACCAGUGAAAUUUUUGCUUGUGUCAGUAUCAAUUCUCCUGAUAUGUAAUUACAUAGUUAUUAGAUAAUAUAUUGUUAGUACACAUUACAUGAAGGCCAAACUGUACAAUGAGAUUAUCAAAUGAUCAAACUGUUCCUGUACUGUAGGCUGCAAGUAUGGGAUGGUAGCUGCACUGCUUGGCUUAGAAUAACCUGUAGCAUUUGAUAGCAGUAAUGUAAUAUACAGCUUCUGGGCACUUCCAAAGUAUAUGCUGCAUUGCUAAUGAAAAAUAACUGCAUUCACUCAGAGGAAGAAAUAGCACCUCCGAGCAGUGCUCUGUGUUUUCAUUCUUUCUUUCUUUAUCUAUUUCUUUAUUUAUUUAUUCAACGCCCACAGUUCUCGAACAAAAGUGCAAAUGGAAAAACAGAAACAAUUGACUUGUCUCAUUUCUUUCUUUUUUCUUUUUAUUUCAUUUCUAUACUGCUUCAUAUUUUUUGGAGGGGGGGUGGAAUCUCGUAUCGGUUUACAGCCUACAUUAAAACAUCAAUAAAACAAUGCAGAAUAAGGUAUUACAGAAGAAAGGAAAAAAAAAAGUAUGCAUUCAAAGCAAGACAAUGAACAGGAAACUAAAAUGUUAUCUUAAAGAUUUCAAAAUAAAACAUUACAAAGGAGGUCAAGUGCAGAAUGCACAUUCAGCGCAGCAAAGUUAACCAAAAAAUUAUCUUCAAAAAAACACACUAAAGGAAGUCAAAUAUAGAAUGCACAUUUAAAACAGCACAAUUAGCAGGAGAUUAAAAUAUCAUAUGCAUAGAACAUAAACUGCUGUUGCUGCUACUAAUCCUGUUAAUCGUGGUUUGUGGUGGCUGGUGGCUGUGGAAGCUCAGGCUUGACGUCCUGUGUCCGCAUGAAGAAAAGCCAAGAUGGUCUCUGGCCUCUUCAGCAGCCUCAGAUUUUGUAGCUGGAGUCAGUCAGGGCCCUCCCCUCCCAGGCCAGGUGGGAAAAAAAGCAUUCAAGGCAGGGAGCAGGUCUUCCAAGACUCACAGCCAAGAUGAUGCCACACCAGUAAAUUAGUGAUUAUGUAGUUCUGGAGCAAUCUACUGCAAUGACCAGUUUCUCAGAAGAGUAUAUUAUGCUGUGAAAAUGAACAAGGAGCAGCGCCUACAGAAAAGCUUUGUUGAAUUUUGGGGGAGAGGUUGCAAAUAGUAGCUAAUGCCCUUGAAGCCCCCUGGGUGAAGCCCCCCAGUGGUGUCACAUUAUGAAUCAUGCUGUCACACAAACGGUGCUAUGGUUAGUUGUUUCCGCUGUUCUACAGAAUCUGGACAGCAUCUCUCUGCCUAGGUACCUAUGCCUACACAAUAACACCAAUUUCAUCACUUGCAAUCAGCUCCUUGGUUUUUCUUUAUUUAAUUACAGGUGGUGGGAUAAUUUUUAUGGGGACACACAACAUGGGAAGGGGUUCAUUAAGCCUUCCUCUAUUGUUAUUUUGAUGAAAAAUCACCUCUACAUUGCAAAAAAACGGUGUUUUCUUAUCAUGACUUUCCCCAGUACUUCAGAAAUCUUUGUCUCAUGAGCUACGGCUUUGAGUCUCCCCUGCCUCCCCCAUGAACAUUUUUGACAUCUCUCAUGCUUUCAUUAAUACCUGCAAGCCGCUUUGGACAUUAAAGGAAGAUUCAACAGCUUGUAUCACAAAGCGGGUUCUCCUUCAUGGAGAGCACGUGUUGCGGCGGGGGCAACCAUGACAUCCCCUGUUGCUGGGCAGGUUAGUAUGGAUGGCCACGAAUCUGAUAGGACACCUCCAAUUGUUGCUGGGGAGAAUUUAAGGUUGCAAAGUUGAUUGACUGUUUGGGGUGCUAUUUAUUCCCUGCACGCAGUGUUGAGCUUCCUCUUUUCGCUGCGCUCAUCGGAUCACCCACCCACCCUCCCUAUAUUUAGGGUUAUUUGUGCUGACCUUGCUAUGCCUGUCAUGGGGUCAUCUGCUUUGGAGCAGGGGCCUGGUAGGAAUUUUACCAUUUGGCUGAUUGGCUGGUGCCAUUUGGUUUCUGCCUACUGCGUAGCAAAUCGUCACAACUUGUAAGGUUGCGGUUAGGCAUUGGUUAAUUUUUGGUUGGUGGAGGGGAUGUGGUUGGCUGUGCCGGCCCCUCCAAUGCUGCUGCUGCAAGGUUAUUCCGUUAAAGGAAUCCAGGGGUUCGCCAUGCUCUUGUCCGAACCCAUGGCAAGGGGCUAGGGCCACGCAAGAGCCCCUGGGAGCAUUUGGGGAGAGGUGAGGGUCUGGCACCCAGCUCUGUUCUCUCCCCAAAAAUGUUUACCCUUACUGACUUUCGCAGGCUUGCAGUUGUCAGUUCUUUUCCUACCUCUAAGUGGGAACAGAUAGUCACUAACCAAUGCUUAAGCAACCACUCACAUGCUGUAAUCAAUAAAGUUGUGGCCAAAAUUAUGCCAAAAAACUAAAACAAAAAUUGUGUGAGUGAGCUGUGUCUUUUGGGGGGGGGUGUCCUUGACACGCAACUACAUUUGUCUUGCAGCAUUUCUGUCUGAUGUCUGAAACAGAACAUCUUCCUCACUGCGCUGGGGAGCUCCUGCAUCUCAGAAGGAGAUGUCUAAGUUCCCCUUCAAAUAUUAUGAAGAAUGCAGAAGUGACUGUGAAUUCAGUUCUGCCAACAUUUCUUAAGGAGCCUGAAGCUGCUCUUAUAAAAACAAUAUUCUUCCUGUAUAGUGCUAUCAUCUUACAUGGAUAUAGUUUCAAUAGAAAGGAUAAUAGUUUUUUUCUAAUUUGUAAAUUUUGGAUUAUUUAAGAUUAAGUGAUACUCCAUGGAUAAGACACAGGCUGAAAUAUGUGAGUGACUGGCACAGUGCUCUUAAAACAUCCAAUGAUUAUUUUGAAAUAUAUUUUCACAGUAAACCAGUGGUGGUUUAGUGGUCAAAGUGCCUCACUAGGACAUGCAAGACCAGGGUUUGUAUCCUCAAUCAAACAUGUGGCUUACUGGGGGGGCCAUGGACCAGUCUCUGCCUCUCAGCCUAACCUACCUCACAGGGUUGUUGUGAGGAUAAAAUGAGGAACAGUAGCGUGUAUACUGUCGGAAAUCAAGCCUUUAUCAGGAGAAACUGGCAACUCUCCAGGCACCCGGCUUGAUCUCCUGUUGACCUCCCUGUCUGCAUUCCCCAGCAGGAUACAGGCUAGGCCGCGAUAGGCGAUUCUUCUCGCCGUGAGAAGAACACACACCCUCUUUCCUGCCUCCCUGGGCAGGGGAAAGAGAUAGAUAGAAACGUAUUUACAUUCCUUUAUUUCUGUCUUUGCAGCAUUACAAAAGCAUGACUGCUCUCUUCAAGCUCCAGCAGUCGAGAGACAAACACUUCCUGUAUUUCCUGUACAAGAGCAAAAGGAAGAGCUCAUAUUACACUCUGAGCUAAUUCCGGUGCAUUGCCCUGUGAAUUGACUGUCCCUCUGUUUCCCACGGAACAGUCCUAACGUUCCAUCAUGUGAUGUUUUCAAGCUAGCAGCUCGCGGCUGCAUUGCUUCUAUAUCGUAACAUAUACCGCCUUGAGUUCCUUGAAGGAAAGGUGGGAUAUAAAUGCCAUAAAAUAAAAUAAAUUAUGUUCUUUUACUGAAUUGUUUUGUAUUAUUACUCUCAGGAAGGUUUAUAUACAGUGUAUUUCCCCCCAUUUAUUUUACAAUCGAUGGGUUUCCUCUUCAUUUUGUGGUUUUUAAUGUUAAGGAUAGAUAUCAUUUAGUUAUCUUUUCCCCCUCAAGUGCAUUGAUGUCUGACACAUGUUCAACUUAUGGUAGCUCAGCAUGUCUUUCACCUCACAGUAUGUAUUCUUUGAUUCAACAGCAUCCUUUGGAAACAAUUUUUGUUCUCAGGAACUGCAAAAAUAAUCCUGUUACAAAAACAGCAUGAAAUCAGAGAAUUGAAACAGGUCUGAUAUCUUUCUGCUGAGCUCACAAAUGCAAUAUGCUUAGAUAUUUCAAGUUUAAAUAAUCCUUCAUAUAAGUGUGGGGGGAAGGGUUGGAAUCAAACAAUUUUAAGGACACUAGCCAGGAUAUUUUUAAACAAGAUAUCACAUAUUCUUCAAAAGUUUACAGCUUUUGUUUUGCUGUUCAAUUAGUGUGACAUUUUGGGGGCGGGGGCGGGGAGGGCAGUCGGAAACAAGUCAGUUGUCUUCAGAAUUGGCACUAGUUUCCCCCUCUGCUGAGUUAGGUGUAAAACAGAAAUAAAUGACUCAGAAAGUCUGUGAUCUGACCAAGAAAAUGAUUUUUGCUUUCACGCAGUAGUUGUUGCUAUGGAAACUGUGAGUAGCAGCCUGUGUUGUUUGUGCUCCUAAAGAGAAUAAAACUUGAUGCUAAUGGGUGAAAAUUAGACAGUUUUGGAGAAAAAGAGGAAAUAAUAUUGGAGGAGCUUGAUUUGACAAUUCAGAAUGGACCUGAUCCAGCCAAACUUAAUCACUUUAAUUUCCAUUUCUUUCAACAGGAGAGGCAAACCCAUACUUAACACUGCAGUUACUCUUAUCAGGGAGGGAUGUAGUUUACUGGUAGAGCAUCUGCUUUGACCCGGAAAUCUCCUUCGGCCUGAAAGUGAGAUGAGCAUCACAACCCCAUAGUUGUCUUUGACUGGACUUAACCAUCCAGGGUCCUUUACCUUUACCUUUUACCUAGAUGAACCAAUGCAGGGGCGGACUUUGAUCUUUCAGUUUUUAUAAUGAAAUGUUUUUAGAAUGUUGGAUUAUUUGAUUAUUUGAUUAUUUGAUUGUUGUUAACCGCCCUGAGCCCGGCUUCGGCUGGGGAGGGCGGGAUAUAAAUAAAAUUUAUUAUUAUUAUUAUUUCAAAUGUCAGUGGCACCCUGUGUGAGCCCAAAAUUUGGCGCACGCCUCUCGCCUCCGAUCUGCUUUAUUCACUACUUCAUAGUAACAUUGUCCUAGGCAAUGUUAUCCCCUAGGCGCCCAGUGUGGUGGAACCAGUCGUGGUGCCCUAAAUCUGCCUCUAACCAAUGGUCUGAUUUGGUAUCAGGCAACUUCCUAUGUUCCUAUGGAUACAUAUACACUGGACUGCAUGUAUCUACAAUUGAAAUGCAUGCGCUUGACUUUGGCUGGAUGUUGCCCAAACGCUCUCCCCCCCCUUUUUUUUUUAGCAUAGUGGUCUUUGCAGAUAAGAGGUCAUUUCAUAAGAAAAACUCUUUGCUUUAUAGAUCAUCUCCUGUGUGAUGAAGCGGAAAAUUUGUAUGCAGGUGCCUUGGUUUAAAAGAACAUUUCACCCAGUAGGCUGUUAAUUGGUACCAAGUAAUUUAAAAUCUUUAUUAGUAUUGUGGAGAGUGUAGCUUGUAAACAGAACAGCACAAGCAAGGCAUAAACUUAAUAAGAUAUUUGUGCUAUGCAGUUAUAAAAAGGAUGUGAAUAAUCUCUAUUUAAACUGAGUUCAGAUCAAAAGUGUAUUCCAAACCAUGGCUUAGUUCAGCCUGAUGCAGCAGCAAAAUGACCAGGGUGAAGCGAAUCAGCUGUGAUCUAAGAUCCCGAAGCCCAUGUGUUUGCUCUAAGCCAUGUGUUGGCUUAGUGUGACAUGCGAACUAAGUUAUGGUGUCUUCAUCACUUCAUUUUCGCAUUUGGUGUGCUUAUUUGAGAUGGUAAAGUUGUGAGAUUACAGCAUCUCAUUUUCACAUUUAGAGACAUGUCUCUGAAACAACAUUCCAGAAUGAAAAUCAUUAGUGAUCACAUCAAAUAAACCCAUCUGACAUGGUAACAAUUGUCAGAGGAGGAAGUUUUCAGGGAAAUGUAUAAACUGCUUGCUCACGUGAAAAGGAUCUGGCAAAACCACUAUUCAAGGAUAUUAUCACUCAAAUGUAAACACAUGAAUCAGCUUUAAGUGAAUAAUAUCUGUUAUAGAAUAAACUUAACAGCGCAUUGUAUUUUAACUCUGUGGAACAAGGUAAAAAGGUAAAGGGACCGGUAAACAUAUCCAAUUAUUUCAGGAGACAGCGAUUCAAUAUUACAAGUCUCAGAUAAUAUAGUUGCAGUACACAUAAGAGAUGAAAAACAUACUCAAGUAAAUUGUACCACUAUGGGUCAGAAAUAGAGGAAGACUAUUGGAUUAAUGUGACUCAUAGGACAAAAGGCAAGUUGAACUCGACCCACAUCAAUGUAAACAAGAACCCCGUUGAGUCACAGCACAAUGCUGUGUGCCAGCAAAAGGGGAACCUGGCAGAAGUUGGAGUGGAUGUUAAUAAGCCUCUACUAAUUCAGUAGUUGGAAUGUGGAACAUUCUUUGGGGUGUUCUUGUAAGGAUUGGUACAAAACAAAUUAACUUUCCAGGUUCACAGAGGGGAGCCUAUUGAAUGCACUUUGAGUCAGGGUAGUAGAUCAAAAAGAAAUCUGUGCCAGUUGUUAAUUGUCGACAUUAUUCUAAGUUGACUGGCAACAGAAUCUGGGCCAGAACAGAGAUGUUAGGGAGGGGAAAUGCCAAAUUUGCCUCUAGAUUACACUCAACGUCAUUUUAUUGUGUAAUUAGCAAGCUUAUUGGGAUUUUAAAAGUUAAUACUAGGCACAUUUUAACGGGGCGGGGGGAGCAAGAUGUUCGUCAGGACCCCAGCAUACAGGCACAUGAGGUUUAACCCUCAGCCAGAAUCAUGUGGAAAAUGCCAUUGGUGGCAAUUGUUACUCCCCCUUCACUAAGCUAAUUGUCUUGGGGUGGGGAUUUUUUGUAGAAAUUGACCUGGUGACAGAAGGCUUAACUGUGUCACCCCCACCCAGCACUGCAGUCCCAGUAAAAAUCUAGCCAUAUACAGUACAGUCAUACCUUGGGUUACGAACGCUGCGGGUUGCGCGUUUUCGGGUUGCAAACCACACUGAACCUGGAAGUACUGGAACUGGUUGCUUCUGGGUUUCGGCGCUCGCACAUGCACAGAAGCGCAAAAUGACGUCAUGCGCAGAAGCGCCGAAUCGUGCGCUGCAGGUUGCGAACGCUGCGGGUUGUGAACAUGCCUCCCGCACGGAUCACGUUCGCGACCAGAGGUAUGACUGUAUAUACUAACCCUGGCGUGGUUCCUAGCCAUGCAGUGGAAGUAACAUCUAGUGUGACCCUUAGAAAAAUUAGAAGAACAUUAAAAAAUCGAGAACUUCCCUUGAUGAAGCACAUAUCCCUCUAUUUCAGAUUAUUUAUUUAUUUUAUAAUUUUUAUUACAAAGUAAAUACAUCGCUACCAAGCCAUACAUAAAGAAUAAUAUCAAGAAAAAGAAAAAAAUAAAGAAGAAAAAAUGCAAAGAAAAGUACAGUAAAAGAGUAAAGAAAAGUAUAAUAUUUCUAUACAAUAAACACUAUUUUACAAAAUAAUAGUAAUAGACUUCCAUCACUCUCACAACACUUCCUUUCACAUUUCAUAUGUUAUCUGUAUUUCAGUAUUAUUUUCAUCUUAAUAUAUAGAUAUGUGUAUAUAUAUAUUUGUUUCGGAACGCGUUACUUCCGGGUUGUGCCGCUCGCGCAUGCGCAGACGGUCAAAAUGAUGUCAUGUGCGCAAGCGGCGAAACGUGACCCGUGCACGUGCAGAUGUGCUGUCGCGUCUUACGUUCCGUUUGGGAUGCGAACGGGGCUCCGGAAUGGAUCCCGUUUGCAUCCCGAGGUACCACUGUAUAGCAUCGGAGAGAUAGUCAUAAAGAUAUUGUUACUUGAGGAAAUAUUUUAGUAAAAUGUUAAGCUUAUAACAUCACAACCGAUUGAUUGAAUAUGCUUUUAAACCACACUUCAUCUCUUAGGAUCUCAUGGAAACAAAAUGUUAAUAAUGAAAAAACCGAGGGCCCACAGCUCACAAAAGUGGCUGUCCUCUGCAGAAAACUACGUGGUUCAGAUUAUCAUAAUUGGCCUUGUUUCAGUAUGAGCCACAAUAUGAACAUGCAGCCAAUGGGACUGUGUGUAUCGGGGUCAGGGCUAGCUUUCAUGACCCCACAACCUCCUCUCACAUGCUUGCAAUGCACACCUUUUCUGUGCAGUUAAUAUGUGUGAAUUUACUACUACAAUUCAUCAUUCCCAUUGUGCACAUAGGAUUCCUGCUUACUCUUGUUGUAUGCAGAAAGUGAUCCACAAUCAGUUCAACAUGUGCACAUUACAUUCAGCUCAAAAGAUAUUGCUGCAUCUGCUGGGGGGGGGGGGGAUCCAGUUUAUGGCUAUGUGAAUUGGCUCUAGGGGGAAAAAACCAGUAUUGUUCAGUUAUUUAAAACUGCUUUUCAGCCAUAGCUUCUUUCACAGUUUAUUUGUGUUGAAAUAUGUUUUGACUAAUUGAUAGUAAGCCUUCUGCGCUAUGAAAAAUAAGUAGUGUUUGUUUUUAAGAUGCUGUGAAAUCUGAUAGUGUCAGUAUCGCAGAGACAAUAAUUACUGCUACCAUUCCAACAACUUCUAUAACCACCUACACAGAUGAAGAACCUAGUAAAGAUUUGAAUAGCCAAAGUAAUUCUGAGGCACCUUGAACAUUGGACAGCCUUCCUGACUCAUUGUGCCCCACCUUUAAUACCGAACAGAGCUUUUUUCAGCCACAACUCAACCAGAACCCAGGUCCAGCACCUCUCAGGUGGGCGCCAUUGCCAUUAUAAGAGAACAAGGGAGGUGUUCAUGGUGGGUUCCAGCACCUCAUUUUGUAUAAAAAUAGCACUGAUACUGAUAUUUAUCAUAGUCAUGUACAUUAGAAUUCAAUGAGCAAAAUAAAUUCAGUUUAACAAGCUAUGUUAGGAACUUUCGGGCCCCAAAAUGCUUGGAAAUUACAACUGUUGAGGGCCAUGCCCUUAACAGAUGCAUUAAUUAGUCAAUAUUGAUAUGGUGUGAUAAACUAUCCCGUAGUUAGCUCCAGCUUCACUCUUGCCUUGUAGCUGGAUGGCUGUCAAUGGCAAGAAUAGUGGACCUAUGUCCCAAACUUCACUGGAAUAGACACAUGGAGUCCAUGCAACUGAAACUACCAUUCCGCAUUGCAAAUGGAAACAGCGGGAAGAUGAUUACAGAGCAUCUGAAUUUAUCUAUUUACUUAUGUCAAAAAAUUAAAGCCUGCCCUUCUAGUUAGUGCUUUUGCACCAUUCAAGGUGGUUAAGAAUAAUUAAAACUACAUUAAAAUUUUAAAAAAUGGUAAGGAAGCUAGAAACAAUGACUGUUUAAGAAAGAGCCUGUAUAAGUGAAUAAAUUGUAUGCUCAAAUCUUAUUCAAAUAUUUUAAUAUAUAAAUGUGUGUGUUUAUAUGUGUGUGCCUAUUACGUGAGAGAGAGCAAGAGAGAAACUUUCAUGGUUUAAUUUUGUUUCCUUCAUCCAGGAAACUUCAUGGUCUUGUGGUCAACGUGCAGGAUGUCAGUUUUCAAGUCGGUAACCAACCGGUUUAUUAAGAACAUGGCCUGCUCUGGGAUCUGUGCCAGCCUAGUCUGUGUGCCUUUUGACAUAGUCCUCGGUGCCAGUCCACACUGCUGCUGGUGGAUCUACACCAUGGUCUUCUGUAAGAUCAUAAAGUUCUUGCACAAAGUCUUCUGCUCAGUGACCAUCCUUAGCUUUCCUGCCAUUGCUCUGGAUAGGUAAGACUGUGAAGUUACUCGUAAACUGACAUUUACCACUUGCCCCUUGCAACAGAUAUAGGUUCUACAUUGCUUGCUGCUUAAUUGUGGGUUGCUGAAAUGGUUCAGCUGCCCUCUGCCUUCAGCGCUAAACAUGUUUAUUUUUCUCUUUGGUCAAGUUGCUGAGACCAACAUUUUCACUUUGCAACCAACCUGUGAGCUGAGUUAUUCUGAAAGAAAUGACAUACGUUGGCUGGAUUUUUAAGGUCUGGACAACUUAACCUCCCAGAAAAGUGUUGGCUUUUUGCAGUAUGGUAGCGCUGCAGAGAGCUUGCUGGGGAGACCAUGCAUUAAAAAGGGACUCAAAAAUAACUUAAACAAGGUUUUAAUAAGAAAAACAAAAACUCCUUUUACACUAAAUACAUUAACAAACAAACAUGACCCAACCACCAACCCAUCCCCCAGGGUAAUGGGAGAGCUAGGUGCUGCUCCUUAUAUACUACACCCAAUUACCAACACAGCUUAAUCAGUACAACUCGGCAGCACCUGCUAUGUUUCACAGCUGUAAAGCUGGGUCUCGUUAUCUUGCUCUGGCCCUUGCUUUGGCCCCUUAAAGACAUACACAUCGGGUGGAACAGUGAUGAACCUUUACAUUUAAAGAAACCAUUCAACAAAAAGUACACGGGUCAGGGGAGAGGGGGAUCGUUCCAUCUGGCAAGCUAAAGUGCUUGUACUGAUGGAACAUUCAUCAUACUGCAAGGCUUAAUUCUACCUAUUGGCUUUAUAUUUUUUUGCAAAUGGUGCGGUCAUUGAAUACAGAACCUUAAAAAACCAUAGUAUGCUUUAGGAAAAAGAUUUGAUACUACUUGGAUUAGAUAUUCUUUCAUGGAAGACAGGAGUUGUACCACAUCUAAUUUGGCCUUUUCCAUUGAUGACAUAUUUUUAUCAAAAUAAUGGCUAGGGCAAUUGAUUUCUGUAGGUUAAGAAAGAAAGAAAGAAAGAAAGAAAGAGAGAGAGAGAGAGAGAGAGAGAGAGAGACUAAUUAACUUCUGUAUAGACAUGUGUAAGACUGUGCUGUUGAAGAUCUGGUGAUAAAUGAUACCGUAGACUCCGGCGUAUAAGACGACUUUUUAACCCCGGAAAAUUCUCUAAAAAGUCGGUCGUCUUAUAUGCCGGGUAUGGGUUUGCUGGGCAGUGGCAGUGGGUGGCGGGCUCCACGCCGGGAGGAAGCUGCCCAGCGAUUCUAAGCUGGUUUCACUGGGCGGCUUCCUCCCGGCGCGGAAUGGAGCCCGCCGCCCACUUCCGCUGCCCAGCGAAGCUGCCGCAUAUAAGACUGGGCAUAUAAGUCGACCCGCCAAAUUGGCAGCUGCCAAUUUGGGGGGGGGGGGUCGUCUUAUACGCCCAGUCACCUAAUAUGCCAGAAUCUACGGUACUUUUAUAUCAAGGGAAGAAACAAUUUAAAAUACAGGGCUAGUCAAGACCAAAUCAGUGAUUUAGAUCACUCAAAUUUAAGUCAAUCUACCCAGGGAUAGAGGGGAGGUAGGAAGAGUUGCAACUUUACUCUUUACAUGCAUUUGUUCAUCUCUUACAGUCCCCUUUCCUUCUUUUUUUGUAGGUACUACUCAGUUUUGUAUCCACUAGAAAGGAAGAUAUCGGAUGCCAAAUCUCGAGACCUGGUGAUCUACAUCUGGGCUCAUGCAGUGAUAGCCAGCAUUCCUGUAUUUGCUGUGACCAACGUACUGGAUAUUUAUGCUAUGUCCACUUGUACUGAGCCUUGGAGUUACUCCAUUGGCCGUUUAGCAUACGUCAUUAUUUACAACAUUACCACUGUGAUUGUGCCGGUGGCUGUGGUCUUUCUCUUUAUGAUCCUCAUCCGCAGGGCACUGAGUGCCAGUCAGAAGAAAAAAGUCAUCAUAGCUGCCUUAAGAACCCCUCAAAACACUAUCUCUAUCCCUUACGCCUCUCAGAGAGAAUCUGAACUUCAUGCCAUGCUGCUCUCCAUGGUUAUGGUUUUCAUUUUCUGCAGUAUCCCCUAUAUGACUUUGGUGAUUUACCGCACUGUGCUCAAUGCUUCUGACGCUUCUGUGUACUUGCUUCUCACUGCCAUCUGGCUGCCCAAGAUAUCACUGCUAGCCAACCCUCUGCUCUUCCUGACUGUUAACAAGUCCGUACGGAAAUGUUUAGUAGGGACAAUGAUGCAGUUACACCGAAGGUAUAGUCGGAGGAACACAGUCAGCUCCGGAGGCGCUGGGGACAUCAGCCUGGAGCCUCACGUUCGUUCUGGUAGCCAGCUUCUGGAGAUGUUUCACAUUGGGCAGCAGCAGAUUUUCAAGCCCACAGAGGAUGAAGAAGAGAACGAAACCAAAUCCAUUGGCUCCAGUGGCUACCAACAGAAGGAGAUCCCCACAACCAGCUUAGACGUGGAGCAGACUUUGGUUCAGAGGCCUAUGCCUCACGCCAUUGCAGACUCGGCCGCGCAAGUGGCUCCAGCAAUGCCAACAGAAGCCGAAUUGGCCAAUGAGAAGUAUUCCAUGCAGCUGGGCUUUGGACCCUUUGAGUUGCCUCCACAGUGGCUGUCAGAAAACCGGAAUAGUAAGAAACGACUCCUGCCUCCUCUGGGGAAUACGCCCGAGGAGCUAAUCCAGACCAAACAGCCCAAGGGUAAAGCAGAAAGAAAAAUUAGCAGGAACAAUAAAGUCAGCAUCUUCCCCAAGGUGGAUUCCUAGUCAAAGCAGGAGUGCUCUGUGAUGAGAGGCGGGACUGCCUUCUUGCAUACAUGUGAUCCUAUGGAUCUUUGUUAGGUUGAAAUUUAAUAAAGGCUUAUUUUUUGUGCCAAUUUAUGUAAAAGCAAAGCGAAAGCAAGUGUUCCUUAGGAAUGGGUUUUGAUACAAAUAUCUUGGCCUACCUAUUUCUUUACAUUAAUUUAUAUAGACUCGUUUAACUUCCAAAUAGGUGUUUUUGGACGCUUUCUGCCCCAAAGACUGUUUUCCACAUUAUACCUUGUUGUGAUCUCUGGGACUGGCCGAAUGCAGCAAGUCUGUAUAAUGUACAUACAGAGACAUUGGGGUCACUGUUCUGUGAUUAUGGAACUCAGGGGAAGGGAACAUAAUAAAUAUGAAGCUCCCUUCCCUGGAGGUCCAUAUCUCUUUCUGCUCUUUCACAGAAGCACUGAGCAUCUUUUAGGAGCAUUCCAUGACCUGUACAAUUGGCAUGGCUUCAAGUGGCCAGGAAUAAACAAGGACCUGACACUUCAAUUAUAUUUUAUAAUUUAAUGAGAUUUUUCUUCCUCCUUGUUUUUUUGUACAUUUAUCUUAAAAGUAUUUUAAGCUGUUUCAUGCUGUUCAGACAAUUGUGGGCUAAAUACCAUCUUGGUUACUAUCUAUGAAACACUUCCAUUCAGGGGCUGACAUUUAGUGGGCUGAGUACUGCAGGUUUUCAGCAAAAAAAAAAAAAAAAGAUUGGGGAGAAGCAACACCUUAACAGGUAAAAUAUACUAAGC